GGGCGUGCGGGGCUGGCUUCUCCGAGGCAGGCGGGCGCAGGCGGCCGGGCGGGCAGGCAGGGCGCGCGCCGCAGUUCCAGCCCCGCUCCCGGAGUGGUCAGGCGGCAAAAGCGCUUGUCUGGAGAGCCCCUUCCAAGUCUUGGCAUUAGCGAAGCAGGACCCGGACCUGGAAUGCCGAGAGAACAGGCUGAAGCUGCGCCCACUGCCUGCUCCGUGGGCCUGAGCUGAGCCGAGCGAGCUGCGGUGCUGGCACGUUGUGCCCACCCCCGAACUCUUGGGAGGUGAACUAGGCGGCGUGACAGCAUCCUAGUCUGCUGAAGACGAAAUAGAAGGACUCCAACCACAGGACGACAUCCUGACACUGAGACAUCUUGGGCCAUUCAAAAUCCCACCCCUUCACUUAAAAAGGAAAAAAAAAAAAAAAAAAAGGUGUGUGAGUGGGGAGAGAACACUUCCCAAAGCGCAAUUCUCCAAGAACUUUCAAAAGGGGGUCUUGGGCAGAUUCUUAUUGGACCCCUCCGUUGCAAAUCUCUCCUCCCCGCCAGCGGCGGUUCCCUUUGACUUAGCCAGUUGCCUUCGGCUCCUCUUGGCAUCGUUGGAACUGACUGUGAAUGCCGCUUUGAGAUCCACUCUUUGCAUCCAGGGCUUGAGACUGUUUGCUCAUUCUUCUCUCCACCCCGCCCUGUUUUGGUAUUCUCAGCAUCAGAGCAGCGGAGAUUUGAAGGCUGAGAAACCUUUCCGUCAGAACUGCCUUUAGAUCCAAGGACAUUGCUCUUGCUUCUCCCUUCGUGUUUUAAUCCUUCCUCACUCAUUGCCCCUUCCCUCAUCAUUUUUCUUCCCCCUUCCCCCUUUUCUCUUUUUUCCCUCCCUCUCGAAGUUUACUCGGGAGAUACUUGACAAACUCCGGGGGAGCACGCUACCUGCGGAAUCCUUGCUAGACGGAAGUUCCUUGGAAGGGGGUGUUAUUGCUCCUUGCGAGCCCACUCUGGUGAGAGCCAGAGAGCUGGACUCCUCCAGAGAGUUGCAAGCAAGAAUUCUCUCCUGCAGCCAAAAGGGGGCCGGGGGAAAGGCUCCUUCCAGCAGCCGCAGCAAGAGGAGGAGGCGGAAAGAGGAGGGAGGGGGAGUUCUUGGGUUCGCUAACCCUCGCCUCGCCUUAGUUCGACUUUUGAGGGGAUGCCGACCGCAAGCCCAGGUUGCGCUGUUUAAUGCUCCGCGCGGGCCCUCCGACGCGCAGUGGGUCUUACCUGGAGCGGGGUUGGAUGCAUUCGCCCCUGGAGACCGCUCCGAAAUCGGAUUUCAGAUGCAUGCCAGGUUUCCAGUGAAUGCCAGAAGUCCAGCUCACUCCCGAUGGAUCCUCCAAAUCCACAUGGAAGUGGUGGGUCAUUUGUGGUGAUCCAGCAACCUUCCCUGGAUGGCCGGCCAAGGUUGGACCACGAGAGGGAAAGCCAGACUACCACUAUCUUGUCCUUGGACCAGAUAAAGGCCAUCAGAGGCAACAAUGAGUACACAGAAGGGCCAUCGGUGCUCAAAAAGCCUGGCCCUAGGCUAGCACCCAGACCAGAGAAACAUGAGAGGACUCACGAAAUCAUUCCACUUAACGUGAAUAACAAUUCUGAGCACCAACCCUCAGGCCAUGGGGGGUUACCCAUUAACUCCAGGGCUCCUGUGCUGAGCAGGUCCACCAGUACAGGGAGUGCGGCCAGCUCAGGCAGCAACAGCAGUGUGUCCUCCGAGCAGGGCCUGCUGGGAAGAUCCCCUCCAUCCCGACCAGGUCCAGGCCGGCAGGUGGACAGGGCCAUCCGGUCCCAGCCUAAGCGGAUCUCCUCCAUCACAGAGGACCUGAAAGUUUCCUUGAAAGAGGAGCCCAUGACACAGCAUAAGUUCAUCUGUGAACGGUGUGGGAAGUGUAAAUGCGAAGAAUGUACAGCUCCCAGAGCCUUGCCCUCUUGCUUGGCCUGUGACCGCCAGUGCCUGUGUUCCGCCGAAAACAUGGUGGAGUAUAGCACCUGCAUGUGUCUGGUCAAGGGCCUCUUCUAUCAUUGCUCCAAUGAUGACGAGGGGGACUCCUACGCAGACCACCCUUGCUCCUGUUCCCAGGCCCAUUGCUGCUCUCGGUACCUAUGCAUGGGGACCAUGGCCCUGUUCCUGCCUUGUUUACUGUGUUACCCCCCGGCCGAGGGGUGUCUAAAGCUCUGCCGGGGCUGUUAUGACCGGAUCACGCGCCCAGGCUGCCGGUGUAAGAACUCCAAUACUGUUUAUUGUAAACUGGAGAGCUGCCCCUCUCGGGCUCAGGGCAAACCCUCAUGAUGAGGGGAGGUGGACUCAAUCUUGGCAGCGUUUCAGCUUUCAGGUUGUGACUGGGUUUUUUUUCUCUCUGCUCCCUCUGACCUUCAUUCAUCCUUUCUCCUCUUCUGGUCCCACCUUCUCAUUCCUCUGCUGUUGGAUUUCAAUCCUGGAUUUCCUCCCUCUCUUUCCUGUGGAUGACCUUUGGAUGGUGACUUUGCACCUGGCUCCCACCUGGGACAAGAGCCUCAGGGCUCAUCUGCCUCUUGUGUUCACCUAAUGACUUUCCGAAGUCAUACUUACACACUCUGCAGUGUGUGUGUGUGUGUGUGUGUGUGUGUGUGUGUGUAUGUGUGUGUGUGUGUGUGUGUGUGUGUGUGUGUGAUUUGUGUGUCAAUUUCUUUGUAAUGGAAUGCUAAAAAAAUAAUUCAUUUAAUUUCUGGAGUAAGCUAGGGAAUGAAUGGUAUUCCCCUUAGAACUUUUUUUAUGGGGUUUGAAUCUUCUUCCCUUGAGGGUGUAGACUUGCCUUCAUGGUGCAUAAAGUUUCUUUUUCACCUCUCUUCCUUUCCCCUCUCCUCCUGUUUCUGUCCCCCUUCUAGCCUGUCUUUCCCUUGUCUCCCCUCCCCCAGAAUUUUUUGAAAAUACAAAUGUUCUCCUUGGAGUCAUGUUAGCUGCUUGUGGCCCCAUCCCCCAUCUAUUGGAUCUCUUCAUUCCCUUCCUGCUACACUCUCUUCAUUCCCUCCUUCCUCUUUCAGUGUCUGUAGUCAUUGAGGUCACUUUGAUCACUAAUCUGGGUGGUAUUUGUAUAUCUGAGUUAGCUUCUGGGGGCUCCAACUCAAAUCAUCUAAAAUGUGCCUGGCUCCCAUUCUUCUGCACCCUUCCCACGCCCAAUCCCCACCAUAGAGCUGCAGGACUGUCAAGUUGAACCCUGCAGAUGAGCAGACUGAUUCUGACCUGACCCAGGCCAGCAUUGCCUUAGCCACACGUUGUGGCCGUGUCUUGUAUAUUGUAUGUAUAAAACACAAAGUUGAAUUCUGACUAUUUUUAAGACAAAAGUCUGUUAAACUUUUUUAUUGUAAAGAAUAUUUAUUAUGUGAAUCUCUAUUAUUUUAUGAUAUUUAUUGAAAAGGACUGUCAAAAUGUACUCAUGUCUGAAUAUAACAAAAAUAGCAGUACCUAACAAAAAAUAAGGGUGGCACAAAGAAAGUACCUAUGUUAACUAUAAUGCAGAAAAUAUAUUAAUUAAUGAAAGGGUCUCUUCAUUUCUUUAUUGAGCAGCCUGUGUGGUUAAUGGCAAUUUUGCCACUGUGUGUUUAAAGACAAUUUUGCCAAAGUGCUGUGUUGGUUUCAUGAUUGACCCAAUUCUUUACUCUGCUUUGCCCAGAUGAAAUUCAGUCAUAGUCACAAAUUGGGACAAAGGUAUCUCAGAUGACAUAUAGACGAUUGCAUGAAAGUGUUUAAAUCCAGAUUUUUGCAAAUCAAAUCAUAACUCAAUUGCUUGCUAUUUAAAAUAGUCUCCUUGUUAAGUGAUUUAUUUUUUAAUUAUCAUUUUUAUUAUUUUUGUAAAUUAAAGAGUCCUGGUAAUUGAAUAGUUA